AAGCCUGACCGCCCCGAGUGGCGAUGGGCAGCACGGGUUCACCGCGGCGGAGCCCUUGCCGGGCCGCCUCGCGACGGACCCCGAUCCUGGACCCUGAUGGCGGCCCCGUGGAAGGCAGAAGCGCGGCCUGGGCUCUUCCGGAGUCGCCGCCUGGGGGCCGCCCCUGCAGCGGUUGCGGACCCCGGCCCGGCCGCCACGCCCGGGAUUGCCGGCAGCGGGGGCGGCGUCACCUGGCCGACGAGUUCCUGCACUUCGAAGCAGCGCCCUGUUCAGCAGCUGCAGCACCCUUCCCUGCCGCGGAAUUCGGGCUGGCUCUCUCGACGCAGAUUGGGCAGCGCCCUCCUCCAGGGAGCGCCGCCGCUCUGCGCUUCCUUCUGCAGGGGGCGUCGGGGCCCUGCAGCGGCAACCCCUUUCUGCUUCUUUCUGCAGCGCUCGGGCCGGUGGCGGCUAUGGAGACGUUCACGCCUGGCACCCUGGAAGCCUUGAACGGGACCGAUGUGCGCUUGAAGUGCACCUUCCGCAGUCCAGAGCCGGUGGGGCCGAAGCUGGCGGUUUCCUGGUACUUCCAGUCCGAGCCGAAGGAGCCCCUGGAGAUGGUGCUCUUCUACAAUCAGCAGGCUUACCCCUCCAACUCAGCCCGCUUCUUAGGCAGAAUCACCUGGGAUGGCAAUGUACACAGAGACGACGCUUCGGUUAUGCUCCACAAUGUGAGCACCAAGGACAACGGGACUUUCCAGUGCCAUGUGAAGAACCCACCUGAUGUGGAUGGUGUCGUUGGCGAGAUCCAGCUGAGUGUUGUGCUGAAAAGGAGCUUCUCAGAGGUACACAUUUUGGUCCUCACCAUUGGCAUCUCCUGUGCUGCAAUGGUCAUCCUGGUGGUGGUGGUGGUGAUCUGGCGUCAUUGGCGGAGGACGCAGCAAGACAAGACAAGGGAGGUGGGCAGGCCAGAGGAACUGAAGCUGAAGGAAGGCGGAGAGGAAAAUGAGGCCCCUCUGCCGGGAGAGGGGACCCAUCGGUCUUGAUCCACCCGUGGAUGCUGCGGCCUGCUGGAGUGGAGGUGGCAAAGGUGCCCGUGCCACCGGCCUUCAAGGAGAAGAGGAUGCAUGCAGAGGGCCUGCAGGAGGCAAAACCUCACCUUCUGCCCGUGUGACACCAAAGGACCCGUCUUCUCCAUAUUCCGGAAGCAGCAGCCCUCCCCUGCCCACCUUGGUGACUGAAGACCUCAGGGCCACCUAGCUGGGGUCAGCAGAAGAUCUGGUCAAGACAGGCCGGCCAGGCAGAGCUUGGGGAAAGGGAAGGAGGAACCGCUUUGCCAACUGUUCUGCUCUCUUUCCUGGGCCAAAGCCUGGGCAAAUGGCUAAGGGGGAAGCCCCCGACCACUUAGAAAAGGCCUCCUCUUCCAACAGGAUCAAGCCCCUGUUUCUAGGGCCUGCGCUGCCUGGAGCCCUGCCUGAUUCUGUGCAGGCAGAGGAUCUGCGAAAGGGAGAGAGGAACCUGCUGGGUGCAGCAAUUCUAUCUCCUUUACGGUCCCCCAACCCAGGCUGGCAGCACAAAUCUCCUCCUUAAAACCAGGGUUUGCUUUCUCCUUCAGGAGGACUUAAGGGCCCUGGACAAACAAACAAAAUCUCUGACCACUGAGCCUCUUUUAUGCAGCACCACUACAGCAGCCCUGCCAGCAACUACCUCUAAAACUCACACGCUUCAGAUGUUAGUGGACUGUCCGCCGGAUUCCUUACGGGCCACCCGUUCAUAUCCUUAGGUGACACACUUUCAUACACUAAUUUAUUUAAAGAGUCUUGUUAAAUUUUGUAAGCAAAUGGAAUAUUUUAUAAUAAAGGUACAAUUGCCUGGGAUUAAAA